GUAUCCCUUGCAGUCCAUUGGGGACCACGCAUGGCAUUUCACGCCAUCGCACGGCACUGCCGAGCAUUGCUGCAACACCCCCCUUCACUUUCACUUCCCCGUUCUCCUCCUCUUGCACCCCUCUCCCCCCUCCCUUUGAUGUUUCCUCCCUCUCACAUCCCUUGCAGAUCCUUUAUGCAAUUCUCUGCUUCACUGCCUGUUUAUUCCUUCAAGGCGUGUAUAAAUGA